CAGAGCAGGGAAGACAGAAAAAUGGCCCUCGACAAUUUGAUUUUCGCCCAGUGCAUCCUUUAUUUUUUAGCUUUCGUUUUCGGUUUUAUCGCCGUGGUGCCUCUGUCUGAAAACACGGAGGAUUUCGGGGGGAAAUGCCUGCUGUUCACGCGGGGUAUGUGGCAAAAUGAAAACAUCACUGUGAUGAAGCAGCGCUUCAUCGUGGAGGAGUGGGGACCCGAGUCCUCCUGCAGCUUCAUCACUUUUGUCGGGAUAGCGUCCCUCAUCCUGUCCGCAGUGCAGGCUUGGAGGCUGCUGUUCUUUCUGUGCAAAGGACACGACGACUGUGAAGACAUGCAGGAUACUGAUCUAGAACUGGGUCUGGACAACUCUGCUUUCUAUGACCAGUUUGCUAUAGCUCAGUUUGGGCUGUGGGCCGCCUGGCUCACCUGGCUCGGGAUCACUGUGAUGGCUUUUCUGAAGGUCUACCACAACUACAGACAAGAGGACCUGCUCGACACCUUGAUCCACGAGAAGGAAUUGCUGCUCGGCCGCUCUUCACGCCGCGGCUCUGACCUCAAGACCGGCCUGAUUUAGAAAUCAGCAAGACGCACAAACAUACACGUUCAUUCACAGUUAACCAUAUAGAACCACGUAGUCCUCUUGCCUGCCGUGACCAACACCAGUAUUCGCCUGUGUAGACAAUCAGAAUCAGUUGGCUUUUGCUCCCACGAAGAUGAAUUGAAUCAAAUCGACAGUUUUAGCUGUUUUCCAGAAGUAACUGAAAAUAAAAGCUACAGAUGGUUGUUAACCUUUCCUGUGCUAUAUUGAGAUAAUCCAUCCCUUAUUCAACCCCAACCCAGAUUUGAUAGUAUUAAAACGUUUUUCUUUUAAACAAAAAAAUACAUCUUUUAUCAAAUAUACGUUGUUGAUUAGUAAAAAACGGUAUUAAUGGUUUGGCCAGUUUGGCCAGUGGAUCUUGUCCUUGUGAAAUUUCUGCAUGGAUCUAAAGCAUGUAAAAUUUCCUCGGGUGCUUUUUAGACAUAAAGGAGUUUUUUUUUUCUUCACCAAUAAAUGUGUUCCUAAUUUAGGCUUCUUUUUUUCCUGCCAGUAUCCACAGUGCAUCUCUGCAAAGUGAGAACUGCAUGCUCCAGCAUAAACGGUGUGUGCGUUUGCAGCAUCUUUACACAUUUAUCAGCAGCUACAAAAAGGCGUUUUAUAACAAAAAAAAGAAGAAAAAAAAAGACAAAUUGCAGCUCUACACAUUCGUGCAUUUGGCAGGCAGUCUAAAAGGCUUUUAGCAAUCUGUGUGAGAUAAGAAAACAGAUCCUAUCUUGUGCCAUUUAGCAACUCAGGCUUCUUCUGCACACUUUAUAGGCUACAAACCAAUAUACUCUAUAUUACUGUGACUAGACACACAAGUAUACCUGCAUGCACCUUUCCCUCUCCCUGUUAAAUCCCACGCUCACUUAUUGACAGAGGUUACGGGAAGAAAGGAAAGUCGGCUGCUUCACUUUAAUAGGCAAUGACAGUUUUUAUUUCAAAAACAACUGAAAUAAAAAAAAGCAAAAAACCGUAGGAACUAAGAAAACCCUCCAUAAAGGCACUUCUUUCAAAGUGACCAUAGAUGUUUGAACAGCAGUGAAAUGCAGCUUUAAGCUAAAUGUGCAUAUACAGGACAUAAGCUCACUGGGUAUUGUUUUAUUGCUAAUGACGAUUUCGUUUGACAGUACAGAUUCGAGAGUAUUCCUUUUCUCCGCUACAUCUGCAGUCUACAGUCAAACGUGAGAUCUCCAAAAUAAAAGACAAACAAACUCGUUUUAUUUUGAGUUCCCUGAAACCUGUUGUAUAAAGUGUUUUAAUGGAAUAUAUGUGAUGUGUGUUAUUGCUCAUAAUGAGAGGUAUGUGGGAUGUGCAUCACUGUGCCCUUUGAUUCCUAUAAUCCAUUUAUGUGGUGAUUUGGCUGUUUGAAUUUGACUUGCCUUGUUUGAUAAAGGGACUCAUACAAUAA